AUGGAGGUGAUUAUAUCAGAACCGGAUGUAGUUUCAAAAAGAUCUAAAUUUGCUUACAGUGUUGGUCAUAUUCUAAAUGAUUUAAGUGCAUCAAUGUGGUUCUCAUAUUUACUUGUAUUUUAUCAUCGUGUUGUAAAUUUUUCAAAUGCAUCUGCUGGUUAUUUACUUUUAAUUGGACAAAUAGCUGAUGCUAUAUCAACAACAUUUGUUGGUUUUGAAUCUGAUCGUACACGAACUGGUUUAUUUCAUUAUGGAAGACGAAAAACUUGGCAUCUUAUUGGUGUUAUAUGUGUAAUUAGUUCAUUUCCAUUUUGUUUUAAUUUAUGUAUUCAAUGUAAAGAUAGUGAUUUAUGGGCACAAUUUAUUUAUUAUACAAUGUUUAUUAUUAUUUUUCAAUUUGGUUGGUCAUGUUCACAAAUUACACAUUUAGCAAUGAUUAAUGAAUUAACACAUAAAGAUGGUGAACGUGUUGCACUUAAUUCAUAUCGUUAUGCUUGGAGUGUUGCAUCAAAUAUAUUUGUUUAUACAAUGGCUAGUAUUUUAUUAGGUUUUCAUCCAAGUAAUGAUGAAACUGAUAUAACACCAGCUGAUGCACCUAUAUUUCGUACAUUAACAUUUAUUGUUGUUGGUAUUGGUCUUAUUUGUAUGAUUAUAUUUCAUGUUGGUUUAAAAGAAUCUGAACAACUAGCUGAAGAAACAGAAUAUCGUUUACAAUUAUCAUUAACAUCUAGUGGAAGAUUAAAACGUAUGACAUGGAAAAGUUUUUUAUAUGAAAAAGAAUUUUAUCAAUGUACAUUUAUUUGGAUGUGUGCAAGAGUCAUUCUCAAUGUUACACAGGUAUUUCUUCCAUUGUAUAUAAUUGAUACAAUCUCAACAUUAAAUCGAGUAUUUGUUGCUAUUGCUCCAUUAUGUUCGUAUAUUAGUGGUCUACUUGCAUCUUUUCCUAUGCGUACAAUAAAUAAACGAUUAGGUCGAAAAACAACUAUUAUCUUUGGUCUUUGUUUUACAUUAGCUAGUACAAUAUUAUUUUGGUUUAUUUUUGAUUUAAAAGAUCAUCUACAAAUUAAAAUAGCAUUAAUAUUAGCUUGUGUUUUACUCGGUAUUGGAACAUCAACAACAAAUAUUUGUUCUUUUUCACUAGCAUCAGAUUUAAUUGGUUUAAAUACAGAAUGUGGAGCAUUUGUUUAUGGAAUAAUGUCAUUUGCCGAUAAACUUGCUAAUGGUAUAGUUAUUGCUAUUAUUCAACAGUGCAAUCCAUGUACAUUAGCUUCAACAACUAGAUGUGCAUUAUAUUAUAGAUAUAUAUUAACAUUUAUACCGAUUGGUGUUGCAAUUUUAACGAUUCUCAUGAUACUAAGUAUCUGGAAAACAAAUAUAGGUGGUAAUCGUCAUGAAAUAAUUCAAGAAGGACAAAAUGAUGCACAUUCAACCAAUGUAGUCUCAAAUGAAGAUGAAUCUAAUGAACAGAGACCAUUGAUAGCUUGA